UUUUGAGCUUUUCUUGAGGAAAUAACUUAAAGAUAUGGGAGAUGAAGAUUGGAUAGAAUUGAAGUUCAGACUCGCAGAUGGCACUGACAUUGGUCCAAGCAAAUAUAGUCAACUCAUGACUGUUGCAUCUCUUAAGGAGAAAAUCAUUGCACAAUGGCCUAAAGACAAAGAAAACGCACCAAAGUUGAUAAAUGAGGUUAAGCUCAUCAAUGGUGGGAAGAUACUAGAGAACAACACAACACUUUCUGAUGCAAGGUCAUUACCUAUUUGUGAACUUCCUGGAAUUGUAACUACAAUGCAUGUUGUUCUUCGUCCUCCUCUCUUUGAGAAGAAAAAAGAGAAACUGCAGAUUGAUCCUCCAAUGAAGAGUCACUGUGUAUGCUGCAUUUUGUAGCUCCAUUAGAAAUUUUUUAUCCUUUACAUAAUUUAAUUAUUCCAUUGGAAAAAAACUUUCCAUAACUUCAAGUCUUCAACAUGGAUCUUCAUUACCAGAACGAUUUUGGUUUUCUCUUUUCUUUUUCUUCUUCAUUGUUUAUCAAAAAUGGCUGAAAAAUUACUGUCUCGUUAAAGAUUGAGGUAUUAUGUAUAAAUUUGUAUAUCCAUCGACAGAGUAACAACUACUCCAACUUUUAUCUGUUGUGAUCACUUAUCUUCACACAAGCUUGAGCAUUUCCUCAAUUAGAUUGUUUAUGGCUCUAUGCUUCAUCAUCACCAUGUUUGCUUCAAGAGUUUCAGAAACGGAUGAUUAAAUUACUACUACUGUGUAUGUGUUUUUCUUUAAGCAUAUUUAUCUGGAAGCUUGCUCUGACUAUACACAUCUAGUAAAUCAGCACAUGCAUU